CUUGAGAUGGCUGGCACUGUGUCCGUGGCGCGCGACUGGGCUCUUCAACGGAGAAAAAGCGCAGAAAAGCUACGAUGAGGGCUUCAGAUCCCUCCAAAAUAGACGAAUAAUGUAUCAGCCAACUACGCAUGCGUAGCAUGCUUCACAUUACGAGAGGUCUUCGAGUAUAUUCCGAAAUGGCCUUCCUGCGAGUCGUUCCCAGCUCCAUCGACCCAGCUCUCCUUGGCCUCUUCCCACUCUCGUUGGUUCCAUCUAGCUCCUUGCCAAAGAAUCCCAACACGAGAUUCCCACCUACACGUCUCGACCACAGGGGCCACUGUAGCACAGUAAUCAUCUUCACCCUAGUCCCGCUGGUUUCUCUUCGGAAAAAUUCAUACCCAGCGUGCCAGUUCUCCACGUUUCCUCCAAAGCUCCCUAGAACAACCAUUCCCAGUCCGCCUCUCCGGGAUCAAGCAUCGACGUCUGCCAAUUUUCUGGGCAGAAACGGGUUCGGCAGAUACUACGUUGCGCAAUCCUCUUCCCAAGAGAAGGGGAUACUUCGGCGUGGCAUAGCGCACACAGGGUCUACUGUUGACCACGUGAACCUCGUCAGGGUUCUGGUCUGCAGCCCGAAGAGAUACCUCUGCUCCCACCUCUACCCUGCGAAGUCCCAACAGCUGACUGGCACCAGUUCCAGGUCGGGAUAUGUGCGUUCUUGAAGACAUAUCGCUGGAGAAGCGGUCGGCACUCGCGCUGGGGUACGGAUUUCGGACACGGUAAGCAAUGCCACGGCUACACCGAGCGCUUGGGAUGUCCUGCAGCUCCGGUGAACGCGCACGAGAUGGGUCAAACAAACCCUCUCGAUGAUGACGACUGCUGCAGUUUCGACGUGACUGUCGCGGCCCGCUGCGUACACUUCAGGCGCACAAAACAGGCCGAGCUUCGAGAAGGCAGUUCUGCAAACGGUGUCAGUCAGAGACUUGGUGGCUAGUUUGCUGUAAAGCCGGGAUAUGGUGGUCUCUCUGGCUUCGUGACGCCCCCAGGAUGCAGACAACCUAGCAGCUAUUCUGGGAUUGAUGGUGGAGCUGACUGCAGCGGUCCAAAGUCUGCAAGUCCGUAAGAAGACUUGCUUUCCCCACGGAU